AUCCUACAUCGAGAUCGAUGAUCAAGGAUGAGAUUGAGCGAUCUGAAAAACAGUCGCGCGAUCACCGUCGCGGUGGUCUAUCUCAGCCUCUUCCUGGAUAAUGUCCUAUUGACGGUAGUCGUGCCAAUCAUUCCCGAUUAUCUGUGCACGCUCGACGCAAAUACAACCGCGAGCACUGCGGAGGACGAAAACGGUCGAGUAGGAUUACUGUUGAGCUCGAAGGCUCUGGUCCAAUUAAUUUUGAAUCCCGCUGUGGGUACUUUUACCGGCACCCUGGGCUACGCUAAACCCCUCUUUCUCGGAAAUCUUAGCCUCUUGCUGGCUGCUUUGCUAUUCGCCUUUGGACAAACGUACGAGGUGCUGUUUCUGGCCCGGAGCAUUCAAGGUAUUGCCUCGGCAUGUAUAGCAGUCUCUGGCAUGUCUUUGGUCGCAUCUCAGUACUCCGAAGAAGACGAAAGAUCUAAAAUCAUGGGUUUCGUCCUCGGCAGCAUCGCGCUGGGCGUUCUCCUCGGCUAUCCGAUCGGUUCCGUGCUUUAUGAUCUCGAGGGAAAAAUGGCACCUUUUCUGUUGGUGUCCUGCCUCAUCGUUAUAAUAAUUUGUCUGCAAAUAUUAACAUUAGAUAUUCAAGCAAACGUCGAACCGAGCGAGCAACAAAGUACCUGGAUGCAUUUAUUAUCUAAUCCACAUAUCCUCAUUAUCUCCGGUGCUAUUUGGUGCUCUACGUCGCCGAUGGCGAUACUGGAGCCUUGCUUGCCGAUUUGGCUCCGGACUCGUAUAAAACCCAAGAAAUGGCAACUGGGCACGGUAUUCAUACCGGACAGCGUGGGCUACUUAAUUGGGACCAAUUUCUUCGGCAUGAUAGCGUAUCGUUAUGGGCGCAGCAAAGUGGCAAUCCUGGCUAUGUUCGUGGUUGGCGUUAGUGCCAUUCUCAUACCAUCGGCAAACACAAUGUCGCAGCUAAUAUUCCCGCAUUUGGGCAUGGGUUUGGGCAUCGGCGUCGCCGAUGCAGCUCUAGUACCGCUGCUAGCUAGUUUAGUGGACCGAAAUGGCAAUUAUGGGCCAGUUUACUCGAUUCAACAAGUGGCUGUCAGUUUGGCUUAUUCUUUAGGACCUAUCACGGGCGGCGAAAUGGUCAAAGCCGUCGGAUUCCCAUGGGUUAUGCGCAUCGUGGGCAUCGUAAAUAUAGCGUACUGUCCGUUGUUAAUAUACCUCACAUUGGAACGAAAGAAAUUGUUAAUCAAAAAGGAAGAACAGAAGGAUUAUGACACGUUUCAGAAGCCGAUCACGUCGUAUGAAAGAUUUCACGAUUCCGACGACGAUCUUUGACGCGCGCCAUGCGGAACCAGGUCUCCGUCAUAUAACUAGUAACCAAGUGAAUUAUUGGCUGAACAACAUCCCCGGAGCUGUCAUCCGUGGCACGACGACGUUCCUCGGAUCGGAGAGCAGGAAUUCGCUGAAUUCAUGGGAGUGGUAGACAAGACGGAUAAAGAAUGCGCGUUUCCGAUAGCGGAAAAUGACAACCUAACGAUCGAUCGACCGAUGCAGCCAGUUCCACCGCCCCUCGCUCCUCUCUGAAAGCUUAUUAAUGCACUCAAUCUACAGGGAAAUUCGCUUACGUUGCAUUAACGGUGCCGCUGCACCUGCUGCAAGCAUUGACUUGUCAUUAGCUUACGCAGAUCGUCGUGCCAUACACAUCGUAGUCGAUCAAUGCGUAUCCUAUUGCGUUUCUAAAAUUGAAUCCCGUGUGUUAAAAAGAAUCUAAAUGCAAAUCUGAAUAUACAUGAUUUGCUUGCAUACUGAACACAAAUAAAUUUGUUAUUUUCAUUUAUAUUAAAUUUAUAUUAUAUUAUUAAAUUUUAUAAAUAUUUAUAUCGUGUGUGCUUCUCUUACAGUAUCGAGCCGUUAUAUUCAUCGAAU